AUAAAAAUAAAAUUCCACCCGAAGCGCAGGAUUUUUUAGAAGAUUCUCUGCAAGACGCAAUUAUUCAAAUUCAAGAAAAAGAUUCUUAUUAUAAUCAUGAAAUUUUUUCAAAUAUUAUUAAUACAAAUGAUAAUGACAUUAAAACUAUCUUUUCUAUAGAAGAUAUUGAUUUUCUGAAUGCAUCACAGAAGAUCUCUUCAUUUACAUUUACAUCUUCACAAGUUAAUUAUAUUCGUCUUUUAAUAGACAAUGAUAUCAAACAACCAAUAGAACGUAUUAAUUUCAAUACUAUACUUGAGGCUUUAACAAAGACCACAACGAAAACCAUCAAUACUAAUGCUGACAAUACUAUCACGAACGCUAACACCACUAAUAUCGGCAAUUCAAAUAUUACCAUGAGCAAUACUAGCGCUGAUGAUAUAUGUGACAAAG